AGCAUUUUUUUUCUCUUGCUGUGUGUCAGCCCGGCUGAACACGUACAGUAAGACUAGCUAGCUAGUUGCACUUAACGGAAACGCACACAAAUUAGUGCUGUAUGCAGGCUGGUGCAUUUGAGCAGCCACUGGCUUCUUACUGACUCAGACCACGGGGACCAAACAUGGACCUAUUCGAGUUUGACUUCUUCAGGGACUGGGAAUUGGAGCAACAAUGUCAUUACGAGCAGGACCGCAGCGCACUCAAGAAGAAGGAGUGGGAGCGGAGGAAUCAGGAAGUGCAGCAAGAUGAAGAUUUGUUCUCCUCUGGGUUUAAUCUGUUUGGGGAGCCGUACAAGACUAACAAAGGCGAUGCUCUGGCGAACCGGGUGCAGAACACGCUGGGGAACUAUGACGAGAUGAAGGAGUUGAUUACUAACCACUCCAACCAGAGUCACCUGGUGGGAAUCCCCAAAAACUCGGUGCCGCAGACCCCGGUGGAGAAGGAGGACGAGCCCAGCUUUUUCCCCGAGGGGCAGAAGGGCAGGACGGCCCCCUCCCACCAAAGCUUGGGCCAGCCCGCCUCCUCCAUGCCCCCGCCCCCAUCCUCCUCCUCCCUCACCAGCUCCACGCUCCUCCACCAGGGGACCAAGAAGUCCCGCUCCGGCGACUGGUCCCGGGGCGGCCACGGCUCGGCCAGCGCCCAGCCGGGUCAGGGGGCCGGGCCUCCGUGCAGCAGGGGGAAGCACGGGGCCUCCACCCACGAGCUGCCCCACCCCAGGUACGAGGACCCGUUCGGCGGCCAGGGAGACACCAGUCCGGUCGCCACAUCGUCCCUGUCCCGGAGACACGCCCCGCCCCCCAAGCCCCCCUGCUCCUCCUCCGAGCACGGCCACAAGGAGGGCGCCCGCUCGAAAUCUCCCGCCGAGGAUCCGGGCUCCCACUGCACCUCCUCCUCUCCCGUGCCCUCCACCUCCCUCCUCCCCAGUGGACUCUCCACGCCCACCUUCCCCCCCGGGCUCCACUGCAAGCCCAGCGCCGUCCAGCAGAAGCCCACCGCCUACGUCAGGCCCAUGGACGGCCAGGACCAGGUCCCCAACGACUCGCCGGAGCUCAAGCCCCGCCCGGAGAUUGGGGACGGCUACGGCGCGGCCGCUUUCGGGGGCCUCAUCGAGGGCAAGGGAGGAGCCGGCAACGCCAAAAGCAAGCUUCCCAAACUGACCCUGCCGCAGCCCGGAGAGGUCAGCCUGUCGAAUGACUCCAGCUGCGUCGAGGAAAUUCUGCGGGAGAUGACCCACUCGUGGCCUCCGCCCCUGACCGCCAUCCACACACCAGGCAAGGCAGAGCAGACCAAGUUUCCCAUCCCCUCCAAGGACUCACAACACAUAACCUCAGGAUACAACGGCCAGAAGAGGUGCAAUGUUUCCAGUAGCAAGCCUGCAACCAAGUCAGUGCCACAGAAGUCAAUGCUGGAGGAUGACCUCAAGCUCAGCAGCGAUGAAGAGGACAGUGAACAGGCUACAGAAAAGACCAAGCAAAGAAGCACUCCUCUCAAUCUCCCGGGGCCUACGGCUCGGAAUGGUGAGCCAGGUCACUCCAGCGGCGCCUCGGGAAGCUCCAGCGAGUCAGAAAGCAGCUCGGAGUCGGAUUCGGACAGCGAGAGCAGCUCCAGCGACAGCGAGUGCAACGAGGCGUCACGUGGAGCCAGUCCAGAGCCUGAACCUCCGUCAACCAAUAAAUGGCAGUUGGAUAAAUGGCUGAACAAGGUAAAUCCCCACAGCAAGGCUCUGAUCAGCACCCAGCCUGAGAGCCAUGGGAUCAGCCACUCUCAGCCCGGGCUCAGCCAGGGAGACGAGGGCCAUGGCCCAGACAAGGGCAAGCCAAGCGGAGCCCUGUCUCAGCCCGAUGUCAAGGAAAGAGCUCUUCUCAGCCCUGUCCGGGAGAAGGGGAAGCCCAGGACAGGCCAAAAAGCCCCAGAGGGCAAGGGUACCAAGCUCAAGUCUCCACCCGUGGUGGAACUGCCUCCGCCCCGAAGGACCACCGGCAAAAAGCAGCCCAAAAAGGUGGAGCGUGGGCCUGGUGGGGAGGAGCCCAGCUGGCCAAAACCCACCAACCCCAGCUCCGUCCCCAAGGAGAAAGAACCACCUCCCCCAGAGCUUCCCAAAGCUCGGGGCAAAGGGGCCAAUGGUAAGACCGCCCCAAGGAAAGAGCCUCGCCCUGCCAGCACUCCUGCCCCCGUGCCAGACAAGAAGAAGCACCGAGGGCCAAGCAAGAUCAUCCCAAAGUCCAAGGAGUUCAUCGAGACGGAGUCCUCGUCAUCCGAGUGCCACUCAGACCUGGAGGAGCAGGCGAAGAUCCCGCCCCUCUGCCCCGGUCCCACGGUCGCUGGCCUGCUCAAAGCCAAGGACUGCAGCAGCAACAUCCUGAGCGUCUGCAGCCUCACCAGCACCAGCAGUACUUCCAUACCAGACCCAGGGGCUGGGGAUCUGCUGGAGGACCCCCUCUUCUCACCCAUCCUCGCUGCCCAGAAUGUGCUGCUGUCCCCACUCAGGGACUUUGAGGAGAUCAAGUCGCUCUGGGUCAAAAUCGAGCUCAGCUUUCUGUCCCGGAUCCCGGGGCGGGACGCCCCGGACCCGCUCCCCACAAAAGCCGAACCCCGGGACUCAAGCACUAAGCACAGACGUCAGUCUCCUGUCCCCGCCCCUGCAGAAAAGCCUCCCAGCAAAUCCAAAAGGAAACACAAGUCUGAGAACUGUGACGCAGUCACUGGGAACAAAAAGAUACGUCUGGAGAAGGAGACGGCCCUGCUUCCACCGUGUAUAUCCCCCAUACACACCCACAAGCUCACCAGCACAAAAGACAUGUUGAGGAAACAACCUCGGAAGAGAGAGGAAAAGCUUCUUCCUCCCCCACUGUCUCCUCUCUCCAAUGAACCCACACACCAGCACAGAAACAGUGAAGGCAGCACUUUCAGCCAAGAGGGCAGCGCCAAUUCUACCAGCACCAUACUCCCCAGCUGCUCGUUUCCUCCUUGCUCUUCAUCUUCCUCGUCUUCAUACAAACACCGCAAACUGGAGAGCAAAUCGGUCACGCUUUCCAAGGUUGUCAAUGAUGAAGACACUUACAGUAAACCUUCCGGGAGUUUCCAAGGCAACGGCCAAAGUGACCCAGACCUGUGGCCAAGUUCACUGUCAACAUUGCUGGACUGCUCAGAGCACAGGAGGCCAAAGCUGACAUUUGAUGACACACUUCACAAUGCAGACUACUACAUGCUGGAAGCCAAGAAAUUGAAGCACAAAGCAGAUGCACUGCUGGAGAAGUUCGGUAAAGCCGUUAAUUACACCGACGGUGCUCUCUCGUUCAUCGAGUGCGGCAACGCCAUGGAACGGGACCCAUUAGAGGCCAAAUCGCCGUACACCAUGUACUCAGAAACAGUGGAGCUCAUCAGGUAUGCGUUGCGGUUAAAGAACUUCACCAGUCAUUCAGCCACUGUGGCUGAGAAGAAACUAGCAGUUUUGUGCUAUCGAUGUUUAUCGCUCCUGUACCUGCGAAUGUUCAGACUGAAGAAGGACCACGCGAUGAAGUAUUCCCGCUCUCUAAUGGAAUAUUUUAAGAAUUCAGCAAAGAAUUCGCAAGCACCUUCACCAUGGGGGACCAACGGGAAGAGCACGGGGACCCCGUCGCCCAUGUCCCUGAGCCCGUCCCCCGUCAGCUCGGUCAGCAGCAGCGGGGGUCCGGUGGGCUCCUCGUCCAGCGGCAGCGUGGCCAUCCCCCAGCGCAUCCACCACAUGGCCGCCAGCCACGUCAACAUCACCAGCAACGUCCUGCGCAGCUACGAGCACUGGGACACCGCCGACAAGCUCUCCCGGGAAAGCCAAGAGUUCUUUCAGGAACUGAACUCAAUAAUGGAGCCAUUGACCCAACACAGCAGCAUGACGGAACUGGUCCGCUAUGUGCGUCAAGGGCUGCACUGGCUGCGGAUAGAGGCUCAGCUCUUAUAGUGCCAGGACUGGAGCUCCACAUCACUCACACCUCCAUCACUACCUCUACCAGCAUUCCCAUCUCCACCAACCGAGCCUGGAGCACCUGGAUGACUUCACCCACUCCUCCAGCACGACAGCUUGUCUGCUCCAUCUCUCUGCCAAGGUCACUGUCUUCACCCCCCUUCCAGUUAUUUGGUUCCAUUGCCACAAAGUUUGACCGUACCACCAGUUGGAUGUUUAGAAACACCCCUCCCCUAAAAAGUUCUAAAUAUCUCCGUAGAACAUCUGCAAAAAUGUCAUGAAUUUGCUUUCAGUCCACUCUCAAUGCCGUAAAUUUCAUCCUCCUUUGAAGGUUUGAGUUCAAUAGUAUAUUUCUUUUUGCCAUUUAAAAAUGUGUUCUAAUGAAUUUCGACAGACGACCUUAAUCAUCUGUAACAAACCAUAGCUUACAACAUAUUUUUGGUGGCUUCUUCUGAUUUUACUUCACAACUUUUGCAGUGGGAGAUAUACACAUAAUAUCAUGUUUGUAUUCAUGAUAUGAAUGAAAAAUGUAUUUCAUUAACCGGGCAAAUUGCAAAUAUACGGAUUACAAUAUAUAUAAUUAGCCGGCUGUUAGAAACCACAGGUCAAUUGUAUUAGUUCUAUAAGAAAUGCCACAUGCGUAGAAGAGCACAAUAUGUGUGCUCCUGAAUAGUCUUGAACCCUGCAUAUCCAUGUGCGUAAACCUUCAGUAUUACUUAUCUCCUAUUAAAAGCAUUCAUUUUUGAACAUGAACUACAAUUCCCAUAAUCGUAUGGGACAGCAAACGCAAUUUCAAUUUAUUUCACAGUAGACUGUAGCUCUCUGAAACACCACAGUAGCUCCCAUCUCAUAAAAAGAGAUUACCUUUUUUCCAUCUUUAAAUAUUUUUAUAUUUUAAGCCACCGUGUCAGUAGAUUUUAUUGUGUUCUUACCCACAGUUAGGCUAGGGUAAGUAAGGGCUAGCGUAAGCCUGAGGCAGAAUGCAUUAUUAUCUGGCUGGAGGGAUAAUAGUCUCUUCAUAUUUUGUUGUGUCUGGACCAAGGUA